AUGUUUUCAAAAACCUGUUUUGGUCAUUUCCUUAACCUUCCCGAUUUUAAAGUUCAACCCCAAGUGUUUCAUGGGUUGUUGCUCCGGGAGGUUCAGCAACCUAAUGAUGCUGAGUUGUGGGUAAUGAUACGCGGUGUUAGGCUUAGGUUUAGCAUUGAGGAAUUUGCAUUGAUUCUUUGGGUUAGGCUUGUGAAGGUGAUUUGUAGUGUCUUAGAUUUUAAGCAAGAGGUUAAUAGUCUUUGUGAAAGAUAUUGGCCAACUUCGUCCUCUAUCACUAAGGAAUCUGUUAGGGAAUGUUUUACCACCAAGAGGUGGGGUGAUUCUGAUGAGGAUGCUGUGAAGUUGGCAGUUUUGUAUUUUGUGGAGUGGUUCUUGCUUAGUGGCACUAAGCAUAAAAAUGUACCCAAGUCUAUUUUAGAUGUUGUAGAUAGUGGGAGGUACAAUGAAUUUGCUUGGGGCCGGAGUUCUUUUGAAUUGACUAUUUCCUCAUUGAAGGGUAAGCUUGAUAGUUGGGUUGAGGGUGUUAGGAAGGCAAGGAGUUCGGGAAAGAGGCCGAGUGUUUUUUACACUUUGAUUGGUUGUCCUCAUGUUCUUCAAGUUUGGUUCUACGAGUGUUGUAAGUACAUGAAAUGUAAGUACUGCCAAAAGGAAAGCUCUCGUAUUCCAAGGAUCACUCAGUGGACAUGCAAUAGUCAACCUACUUUCAAAGUUUUGAAGACUACUAUCUUUGAUGUUUCCAAAGAUAAGCUGCAACUUUCAAAUAUGAGGCCCACGGCUGGUGAGUUCAAAGCUUUGAAACUGAGCAGUUUCAAGUUCGACACCGACUACAACUCUUACAAGAGUCUUCCUCUUCCCGAAGAGCCAGCGGUUGAUCGAAUGGGUUCAAUGCAGACACAGUUUUCUACUGUUUUUGCCGAUUCCUAUGCCAAGGAAAAAGGCAGUGACUCUUCCAAUGAUGAUGAUGGAGGUGGUGAUGAAGCAGAUUUUGAUUUAAAUGAAUCUGAAGAAACUGAUGAAAAUGAAGAAGAGAAUGUUAUGGGUGAUGAAGAAGGGGAGGGUAGUGAAGGUGAAGAGAAGGAUGGUCAAGCCGAUGAAGAUUCUGACUCAAAAGAAAAAAAUGAUAAUGGCAGUGAUGAUGAAUCCACUGAUAGUGAGGAGAAGGUAGAUAAGUAGACAAUGUAACUAGGUUUUAGUUACUUUGUGUGGUUUAUUUUGUUGUAAGUCCGUUUUAGGUAGUGGUCUUGUAAUUCUAUGUUAUUGUUAUGUCUCUUGUUAUGUUUUAUUUUUCAGAAAUUUGCAACUAUUUUUCAGACUAUUUAUUUGUAUUUAUUAUGUUA